AUGAGCGCAUACGGAGGUUUAGGGCCCAUGACAAAUGCGGUCCUUUGGGUGGAGGUCGUGGUCUUUGCUGUCUUCGCAGGGCUCAGGCUCUAUACGCGAAAACACCUUCUGAAUGCGGUCGGCCUUGAUGAUUAUCUAGUUGUACUUGCGUUGAUUCUUCACAUCCUUUACACCAUUUUUGUCAGCAUCGCAACCCACUACGGUCUAGGGCGACUGUUUGCUGAUGUCGGUGACCCGGUUAUCUAUUCCAAAGCCACCAUGUAUGAAGUGUUCAGCCAGGUGGCUGGUAUCAUGGUCAUUGGUGUAGGUAAAGGAGCCGUUGGCACCUUCCUUCUUCGAAUCGUGCGAAACAAAAUUCAGAUUUGGUUUAUCUGGGGAUGUCUUGGGAUCACCACUUUUAUCACUCUGUUCGCCAGCAUCACUGUUGUGGUACAGUGCUUUCCAGUCCAGAAGACUUGGAACCCAACUCUAGAAGGAACGUGUUGGCUCGACUUUUCUAAAGUGGGUUACACGGUUGGUUCGUGGUUCGUCGCGGCCGACUUCUCCUUCGCGAUUCUUCCAUGGUUCAUCAUCUGGGAUCUCAACAUGAAGCAAAAGGAGAAGAUCACCGUUGCCUGCGGUCUCAGCCUUGGAAUCUUUGCUGGAGUAUGUGGCAUCGUUCGCACUGUAGCCCUGUCCGGCCUGAAUGCAUCUGAGUACAUCUAUGAUACCGUGCCAAUGCUCAUCUGGUCCGCAACCGAAAGUUGCGUGACGAUCAUGUGCUCGUCCAUUCCCGUCCUCCGUCCUCUCUACGUUCGCGUUAGGUACGGCACGAAGGAUGAAGGCAGCUCUGGCAACACUUCCUACAAACUGCCAUUGUACGGCAGCGGUCGCAAGUACGGCAGACUUUCGAAAUCCGGCCUUGACCCUUCCGCCGUCGAAACGAUCGGCGGUUCCCUUCGGGCACCUGCUGGAGAUUAUCACAAAAGCAAUAUCAGCAACGAGCAUAUCCUUCCGGGCGCUGCAGGCAUCGAAAGGACGGACGAGAUUUCAGUCAGCUACGAGGCAGUCGAGAAGAAAGUCUAG